AUUUACGGAGGGAGGAGAAAGACAGACUUAAAACAAAACAGCCCGUCUUGUGAUUGAAUAAAACAUGCUUAAUAAACAAAUCAUCUGUUCUGCACGCAGUUACACAGCGUCUGUAAAUGCUGAGCGACAGGUCUGCACUGUGUUAAUCGGAAUGAAGAAAUAAAUAUAGUGCCAAGGGCAAACAAGGCCACUGCUGUGUAGGAAGCACACAGACGAACCUCAAUGUAUCCCAUGUUAACAUUCUUGAGCAUGUUUUACUAUAUUUGCCUACGUCGUAGAGCCAGAUCAGGUACAAGAGGAGAAAUAAUGAACAGUCGGCGAGCUAUUGAGUCGAGCAACCGCAUCCUACCUCUCAGCGUCGAAGUGGUGCAGUAUGCCAAAGAAGUGGUGGAUUUUAGUUCUCAGUAUGGCAGUGAGAACAGCUUGUCCUACACUAUGUGGAAUUUGUCUGGAUUGCCAAAUGUUUACCCAAGUUCUGGAGAUUUCACACAGACUGCUGUGUUCCGGACCUACGGGAGGUGGUGGGAAAGCUGCCCGAGUUCACCUCCACUAUUCAGAAGGACUCCCCGAAGUUUUCAUAGCCAGGAAUAUGUUGAACUAGUGUUUGAGGAGGCUGUGUAUCCAACAGCUAUUGAUGUACUGGAAACCUAUCAUCCUGGAGCCAUCGUUAGGAUCUUGGCUUGCUCAGCAAAUCCUUAUUCCCAGACUCCUCCCUCAGAAAUUAGAUGGGAGACGUUAUGGGCAGGUGAACCUGAGAAAGUGAAUGUCUCACAGGCUCGCCAAUUUACACCAUGCAUUAAACAACUUGACUUCAUGACAAACUUGAUUCGCUUGGAACUGAACAGUUCUCUCCUAGAUUACUACACAGAGUUGGAUGCUGUCCUGUUACAUGGUGUUAAGGACAGGCUUCUUCCUGUGCACAAACCAUCGAUGCUAGAUCUGGAAGAUGAUGACAAGGAUGACCACAGUUUAGAGUUCUUCAAUGGGCAAAUCACUGGAAUACCCCUGCCUGAAUACAUCAAGAAUGGUUAUUUUGAAAAACUGCCUUAUGAGUUAAUCCAGCUGAUCCUCAGUCACCUGACAGUGCCAGACCUUUGCCAGUUGGCACAGACCUGCAAAUUAUUGUACCAACAUUGCUAUGAUCCUCUUCAGUAUGUCCAGCUCAGUUUACAGCCUUACUGGGCAGGACUGAAUGAUGCCUCUCUGGAGCACCUACAGUCACGCUGUGCUCUUGUGCAGUCUUUAAAUCUGUCUUGGACUGGGAAUAGGGGAUCUAUCUCCAUGCAAGGAUUUUGCAGAUUCAUGCAAGUGUGUGGAUAUGAGCUGGUGCGUCUGGAGUUGGCCUGCUGCCACUUCCUGAAUGAAACUUGCCUCGAGGUUAUUGCUCAGAUGUGCCCAAACCUCCAGGAGCUGAACCUUUCAUCCUGUGAUAAACUAAACACUCAGGCUUUCUGCCAUAUUGCUAAGAUCUCAGGUCUCCGACGUCUGGUCGUUUACCGCACAAAAAUUGAGCAAACAGCACUGCUCAGCAUUCUGAACUUCUGCUUGGAACUUCAGCACCUCAGCCUUGGCAGCUGUGUCAUGGUUGAUGACUAUGACGUUGUGGCUAGCGUGAUUGGUGCCAAGUGUAAAAAGCUACGAUCCCUAGAUCUGUGGAGAUGUAAAAAUAUUACAGAAAAUGGUAUUGCUGCUAUUGUAUCAGGCUGCCAACUCCUGGAAGAACUGGACCUCGGAUGGUGCCCAACGUUACAAAGUAGCACAGGAUGCUUCAUAAAGCUUGCUCGCAAACUACCCAACUUGCGCAAGAUCUUUUUGACAGCCAAUAGAUCUGUUUGUGACACAGAUAUUGAGGAGCUGGCUGAAAAUUGCCCUCGUCUGUUCCAUGUGGAUAUAUUAGGUACACGAAUGGUGAGCCCUGGGGCCUUACGAAAGCUGCUUCAAUUCUGUAUAAAACUCGAUGCAGGAAUACACUACAAGGAGUUUGAGUUAAAGAUAUGACCUUAAAGCAAGCUGAAAUGUACUUUUAGAAAACAAUUAGCUUUUUAAAAAGUUUCGACUUUGAUUUCCUACAUUUCAUUUUGAUUAUUAGUAAAAUAUGAUGUGCAGUAGAUAAAAGUUUCUGGAACCUCACUGCUAUAUAAAACUGUAGCUUUAUUAGCACUUGUUAAAAUAAGGCUAAAAUGAACUUUAAAAGAAAGGUUAAAUCAGGAACCAUAUACGGUGGAAUGUUGGGAAUCUGAAAUAAAAAAGCAGAAAAGUGCUCAAAUUACUUAGAAAGUCAAGCAUCAUUUUGUGGAGAGAGAAACAGAGUUAAGUUUCAGAUCAGUGAUGAAAGGUCAUUAAAAGAACUUUCUAUUUCCACAGAUACUGCUGGCUGCAUUUUUGAAGCAUGUGCUGUUUUUAUUAAAGCUUAAAUCAGGGAUUUAUUUAUCAUAUUUGCAUAAAUGUAUAUUUGGUUUUUAAAAAAACAGGAUUUCAUUAAAUGUGUGCUUAUUUGCACAAUAAAUUAGGUAAACUUUAAAUAUUUUCUAAUAUAUGUUUCAGUCAACUUUAUUCUCCUGUAUAAAUUUUCUAAAUUUGCAUAGAAUCCUCAAAUUCAGGGAUAUCUCUGAUUGAAGAGAAAACAAUAAUCCAAUUUUAGAUCAGUUCCUGAUAUCCUUUCUGUUUACAACUCCUGUUUUUUUUCAGGUAGGCUUCUUCUUGUCUGACGUCUGUUGUCACUGUGAAUGGUAAUAUUGUUCCCUGAGUACUUAGUGUCUGAAAGUGCUCACACAAGGAAAUUUAAGACUGUGAUCAUGCAACAGCAGGUUUAUGAAGAAAUAAACUGAAAUUGAUUUCUGAGAAAUUCAAAAUAAAAGUUUAUUGGUAUUUAGAUGACUCACCAAAGUCACGUUAUAAUGGCUUUAAAAGUAGUGAAAAAAGUAAAUGUUGGGAUUUAUAUGGUAUUUUUAAAUUGCUUGACCUUAAACGCUCAAAGCAGUAUUAAAUACAUUAAAAAGAUAUAUAUUGAACUGUGAAAAACCUUCCUUUCCUAUUAAUUAGUAAAUAUUUGUACAUAAUGCUAAUAAGAUAUUGCCACCAAAAUGAUUAUAACUUACUUUAAAAAUAAUAGAAAUAAAGAAAGGCAGAAGAUCCAUGCUUUGUUGCCAAAAUAUUAAGUUUGUUGCGCAUCUGUUUGUACUAACCAUUUAAUGGGAAUGAAGGAUAUGGAUAUUUAAACAAGAGUCUUUUGCAUGCAUUUUGUAUAAAGUAUGUUUCAAAAUACUUUGUAAAAUUAUUUGAAUGUUACAAAACUUAUUUUGGAAAUCUGUUUUGUUUGGACAAAGUAUUAGACUAAAUCUAUUCUCUAAGCCAAGGAAGUACAUAUUGUUGACAGAUAGGACUUUGCCAGAUCUUCGUUUUGCAUUAACAAAAAUAAAAAUAUGUUUCUACUGUUGAAUUUGAAACAAAUAACUAACAUUAAUUUAAUUGCUUUAUCAAAGUAAUAAGUCCCCCCAACCCUUACUUAUAAAGUUUACAGUAUGUAGCAGACAGAAUAAAGAAUCUAUAAUAAUCAGGAUGCUGAGUUUAAUCCUACAAAUGUUCUAGCAAUCUACAACAUUGAAAUGAACAAGUUUUUUAAUGUGUAGGUAGAAAGAGGUGUUAUGAAACUAUUAUUCCUUUGUGCAACCUUGGAAAUCACUGCCACAUUAAAGAAAAAUAUUGGAGUAAGCUCAUUUUAAAGUUCAUAAGUAAAAGUCUGUAAGAAAAGUCAUUUUUAAUUCUAGCAUGUAAUUAUGUCUUGUAAAAAAAGUUACAUUCAUAGUUAGAAAAUCGUAAUGUUGACCUUAAAUGCUGUCAUUUAGAAUUUUUCCUUUGUCAAAUGACAAGUAAACUACUCCAGAGUUGUCUCUUUGACUUGACGUUUUUGUCGUUUGUUCAGCUUUAUAUAUGAACCAGGGAAGUAAUUCACUUGAAAGCGAGGGAGACAUGUGUAGUGUUUGUAUUUUAUGGUACCUGUUUAUGUACAGCAUUGGCCAAUGAACUGUAGAUCUGAAGACUGUAAAUUGACAAAUUUGCUUUUCCUAAUUAACUGAAAGGAAAUAAAUCUGUUGGGAAUGUGGGUGAUUGAAGGGAUAUGGUGAGAGGUGUCUCCUAGACUGUUUGAGCAUAGGGAUUUCAUGUUCAGAUUGCAAGGAAGAAGAAACUGCAAAAAGAUCAAAAAUUAACAGGAGACUUAAAAUGUACUGCAGAAUUAGACACUUUAGGGUUUUAUUUGUUGUCAGAAUUCCAAAACACUUCUCGUACUUUGUGCACUUCCUUGUUAAGGCAUCAGCACAACUUUGUAAUAAAUGAUGGAAUUAAGACAUUUUCUUCAUGGUGUUGUAAUCUAAGCCUUCACAAGGUGAGUGACACACUGCAGGAAAAUCAGUGUGACACACAUUAACAGGGCCGUAGGGUGCAUUUCAACAGAAAACAUGGCGUCUGUCCAUCACAACGUCCUGACCAUCUGCUUUUGGUUGGACAAGCCACAAAGUUACAUGGUUGUUGGAAAUCAUACAAAAGUUUUCUUACCCUCCCAGCUGGAGAAACAAUUCAUAAAAGUGGAGAAAAAACAAAAAAGGAAGAUAGGUUGUCACAAAAGCUGCAUUUUCACCAUUUCUAAAAUUAAAGUGCAAUGUUCUGUUGAAUUUUAGUUUACAUUAGAUUACACUAUAUGAGUGAAUGCAUUUUGUAGCAACGGAUAAUUGAUUUUUUGACAGAAUAACUUGUGCAACAUGUUAAUAAAUAUGGUCACUUUUUGAUGAAUUGUAUUUUUGACGACCUGGUACAAUGUAGAAUCAUCCCUAUAAUUUUUUGACAUAAAAGAUUGCUUGUGUUUGAUGCUUUAA